AAGUUUGGAGCAACCACCGGCUGGUGUUCAUUGUGCUGGUGGUGCGCAGAACAGAAAACACUCGAAUGAGUAAAAAUAGCUCUCGCCCGUGCUGGAGUGAUGUUUCAGAAAACCGCUGGAUCGUAAGGAUGGGCAACAUGUUACAGAGGUAGAACAUCUCCAACUGCUGGCUUUUAACUUUUGCGUUGGGACACAACUAGAGUACCGCUCAUCCAUCUCCCUGUUAAAUGAGCAAUGAAGAAGAUGAUGAUUGAUGAUUCCCGUAGGAAAGGUCUGCAGGUGUGUUUACUCCUGCUGCUAGUGGAAAGACUACAGGGCAGGGUAACAGCACCAGAGCGCCAGGAAGCUCCAGUAGAGAAGCCCUUCACUCUGACCUGCAGUGUUUCGAGGGAACGAAGUGAAUCCCUGAGACAGGUGCGUUGGCUGGAUGUCCAGAACCAGACCCUGUUGAGCUACCAACCGGGCAACAGAGACAGCGUGAGUGGACAGCAGCACGUGGAGCUUGCCACCUCCCCAAAGGACACCUCAGCCAUCACCAUCCGCAGGGUGGGCUUCCGUGAUGAGGGCUGCUACACCUGCAUCUUUGACAUGCAUCCAUCUGGUUCAAAGAUGGGACAGACCUGCCUCACUGUUACCUCUCAAGUGACCAUUGACAGCAACAAGACCGCAGUGAGCGGCAAGAAGGUGGCCCUCUCCUGCUCCUACGGUUUGCCCGAAAAGGUGCAGGAGAUCAUAUGGAGAUACACCCCUGCACAAGGAGAGUCCACAGAGGUGGCUUCCUUUGCAAAGCGGAGUGACCCCAUGAUUGAGCCAUCAUACCAGGGAAGGGUCUGGCUCAGUGCCUCCCUGUCUGAUAGCAAGCUCACCAUCCAGCCCGUCGCUAUCCAGGACGAAGGCUGCUACACCUGCCUGUACAACACACAUCCUGACGGGCCAAAGAGUUCCACGGUCUGCCUCUCCACAUACGUGCUGCCCAAACCCCAGGUGAGCUACAAGACCACCUCUUCAGGUGUGAUCGAGGCCAACUGCACCUCUGUGUCGCGUCCCCCAGCAGAGAUUGUGUGGAACGUGGAGAGAGAUAACCGCACCAUGGGCCCACCUGUGACCACACAGCUCCCACAGGGUGAUGGGACCACUCUGGUCAUCAGUACGCUGACCGUCCAGUCAGGGCUGCUGAAAGAUGUGUCUGUCAAAUGUUUGGUGCACCACAAAGGGCUUGAGUCACCAAUUGCUGUAUCCAUGAACACUAAAAUUGGGACGGCUCUCACCAUCCUGAUCUCAGUCACCACAGUAGCAGCUCUAUUGGUCAUGUCCCUCUGCUUCUGCCUUUGGAAGUGUUUUUUGCGCAAAGAAGUGGAUUAAUUUUCACAACAGACCAGAGCCUGAAUGGAAGAGGCAGUGCUUCUCAGAGCCAACCUUGCAGAACUGAUUCCUUGCAUCAUCAUCAUCAUCUUGGUACAAAUUGAAGAUGAUCUGACGCACCUCUACGGGGGUGUAGAAUACAAUCCUAUUUAUGAGCACCAACCAUAGGACAUUCACCUCUGCUCUUCCGUCUCUUCAUCUGACUCUUAUAUAAUCUAAAUAUAUAAUCUGUCAGGAUGUCUUUUUAUUUCUCCUCUGGCUCUGUAAGCGAUCAACUCGAUAGCUACACAUUCCACAGCAAACAGCCAAGUCAGUAGAGUCAGCAGUGUCACUAUAUGGCAAACAGUACAGUGAUUUUGCUGUUACAAUGUAUUUUAUGUCCUUUGUUUGUCUCUGCCUUUAAGUCUGGUGAUAUUUUAUAUUUUUCUUAUUUAACAAAUCCCAUGAAAUGACAAAAAAACACAUCAAUGAGCCAAAUGAUGCACCAGUGACAUGAACGUGGGCACUGUAGUUAUUUUAAAUUGAUCCUAUCGACACAACUCUGCCUCCACUAGUACACCAAAGGUGUAUUAAUCUGUGGCUAAAAAUAGUUGUCAACAAAUGCACUAUUUACUACUGUUUGAGUAACAUUUGCUAUAAACUACACUGCACGGCUGUAUUAGGAGAUUACUUGGCUUUUUUAAAUCUUGAAACCAUACAUUCAUAUCUUAUUUUGAAAGAUUCAUGUCUUAGUCUAGGCUAGUUCCCAAGCCCAACCAGUACUGUAGAGAUGGACUAAUGCUUUAACAUUUUUGCCAUAUUCAUGGAAUUUUUUUACAUUAGGAAAAAUAUACAAUAUUGCCUUAUCCUUAAAAUAACACAGCUAAUCGGCAGUAUGAGCUUCCCUUUAAGGUUUUUCUUCUUGUACCUCAGUCGAUGGCCUCCAUCACCUCUGUGAUUUGUGAAAGCUGGGUGGGGUCAUGGGCAGUCUUCUCAAGAUAAACUAAAAAGGCUGUUUGUUUAAUAUAUAUUGCAAAUUUUCCAACACGUUUCAAAGUCUGCUCAUGUGUGUUGUGAGAGAGAGAGAGAGAGAGAGAGUGUGUUAUCGUGUGUGUGUGUGUGUGUGUGUGUGUGUGUGUGUAGAGGUUAAAUUUCAUGGACAGAUAGCUUGAAUCAAUUCCCUGAGGAGGCAGCACUGAAACCUUUUUGGUGCCUCUGAAAGGAAUGUGUGUCUUGUUGCCUGUCUGCAUCACAGAAUCGGAUGAGUUCCUGUGAGUGAACUCAGGUUGGGCUGUGGUGGGGUGUUGAGUUUGGGUUGCUGAGUGGAUUUAGAAAUUACACGAAGGCUGCAGGUACAACACCCCAGAGAGUCAUUUUGCUCCUCUAAAUAUGCUUGAACAAAAACCUAAAAUGCCAGCUCACGUUUAUGUUGCUCUGGAUCACUGUGGCACCCACAUGCCUAAAAUAUAAUGUAAUGAUGCUUCUUGGAUAUAUUAUGUUUGUAUGUGUAGAUGCAUUUAAAAAUAUAAGCUUCAUGCUGAAAUAGUCUCGCAUAUCAAAGCAUAUGUUUUGAAUCUUUAUAUUGACUAUAUGACAUGAAGGUUAUCAGACUUCAAGCUCAGUAAUUUAAUUGCAUUCCUCUUUAGUCAUGAUUUUCAGCAGCGCACUUCUGUCUGGCAGUUUCUAUAUAUACAUACAAUACUGACUAUGAACUCAGAGCUUAUAUCAGUAUAAGUCUGAAAUGUAGUUUCAGAUAAUAAUUGGAAAUGUGUCACUGCAUCCAGUCCUGUAUGGAACAGCUGUAGCCAUGAAAAAAAGAAAAGAUUAAACAAUACAUUAUGUCCAACUAUGUAAACUUGAAUAUAAUAAAAGCAACAAACAGAACAAUAAAAACAUAAAACAUAA